GCCGCGUGUACCGCUCGCUCCUCGCCGUCUGGUAGCGCAGCACAGCCUCGAGCCAGACGCGCCGCGUGCUCUUCGGCGUCGUCACUGAGACGCCGACGCCGGGCGACAGCGCAGCUGUACCGCGCACGCUCUCGACGUUUGCCGAGCGCCUCCGCAGCGUCGCACUGCUGGCAGCCCAGAGCCCAGCAUGCUGGCCGACGAGAAGGCGGCGCUGCGUCGCGAGCGGCGCGGCGCGGCAGCGAGCGGCAGCAGUGCGAGCACGAGUGACCUGAGCAGUCGGACAUCACUCGAUGAUCUCUGUGCUUCAUACGAGCUGCACGCGCUCGAUGAGGGCGACGUCGACACGCCCGCGUCUUGGCGAGAUGUCGCUGCUGUCCUCGAUGCGCGCAACGGCGGACGGCGGAGCAUGUGUCCGCGCCAUUGGUUGCCGAUGCUGCGGCAUGGGCUCGCCAAGCGCGGCGCUCAUGACUAUCUGCCACUCUCUGCUGGCGCCGUAACCCCGCCCCAGCCGCCGUGCAGUGCGGCGCAACGACAUGCAGCGCAUCGACUGGCGCUGCUCUUCGCUCUCGUCGUGCUCCUCUCAGCAGGCCUGUCGGCCUUCUUCAAGGCGCCAUCCACGCUCUGGCCAUUCGUCUCGCUGCAGCUGUGCGCGUUGCCGCUCGCCGUGACGCUUGAAGGAGUCGGACGCAUCAAGAGACGCCUAGGACGACGACGUGGCGGACGCUGCGCGCUGCAGUCACCGCACCUGGCGCCCACACCCGAGGCACCGCACUCGGAGGCGCGGCCUCGCGCAGUUUGGAGACGCAGCUGGGCCAGCGGUCUCUGGCGUCUCGUGCUCGGCAUCUCGCUCAUUUUCUGGGCCUGGUCUCUCUCUCCUUCGUUCGACACGCCCGCACCCUACAUCGCCUCCGCAGUCUCUGCCGAUGCACCGCCGCUCUUCAUCGCUGCAAACCUCUACGAUUCCGCCGCGAUCCUGCCGCGCUUCAGCGACGCAUUGCUCGAGCUCGUGGCGAUGCAUCGCGGACGCGUCUUCGUCAGCCUCUACGAGUCCAACUCGCCCGACGGCGGCAAGACGGAGCGCUUGCUGCGUCAGCUUGAUGCGCGUCUGGAGGCGCUCGACGUGCCGCAUCUCAUUCGCACGGGCGAGGAGAAGCACGCCGCGGCUGCCGCACCCUCGCAGGCAGUCGCAGCGCCGACGCGACGCUCGCUGCUCCGGCGACUUGUCACCAAGCCACGCAUCACCAAGGAGUCCGGCGACGGGCCCGGCCGCAUCCGCUUCCUCGCAGCCGUGCGCAACGAGGCACUCUUGCCGCUCUCCAACGGCGUGGCAGAUCCGCAGCGGCUGUGGGGCAAGGGCACGCGCUGGAGCAAGGUGCUCUGGCUCAACGACGUGCUGUUCAAGAGCGCGGACAUGAUGCGUCUGCUGGAGACGCAGCGCGGCGAUUAUGAUGUGGCUUGUGCGAUGGACUUUGGAGGGGCGCUGCUGGGGCUGUACGACACCUGGGUCGUGCGCUCCGUCACCGGCGACCGCACCAAGCCCUUGUGGCCGUAUUUCUCCGACGCACCCUCCGUCGCCUCCUUGAAGGCACAACAAGCCAUCCGCGUCGCCAGCUGCUGGACCGGCGCCGCCGCCUUCGACGCUCGUUGGUUCACCGACCGCACUGUGCCGCCGCGCAGGUCACCGCGCUUGGUGCCUGCGGGCGAGAGGAGAGUGCACGACCAGAGUUGGUGGGCGACGCCUGACGGCGCCAAGGAGAAGCAGCUUCGACUGCAGCACUUGCGACUGGAGGAGUGGGAUCCGCCUCGGGCCGCGCUGCCUCACAGCGGCAUCAAUGCCUCGGCGCCCGCCGCGCCGCUCUCGAUGCCGCUCACCUUCCGCUCCGAGUCGCGCUGCGUCUCCUCUGAAUGCCUCUUGAUCAAUCUCGACAUUCAUCGGCUCACCGCACUCGCCACUCCCGCACGUCGGCCGGAGAUCUUCAUCAAUCCCCUCGUGCAAGUCACGUACGACGCGCCGACGUUCUGGCUGUACCACACGCUGCUGCGGAGCGCGGUAGUGAGGCCUUGGCAGACGCUGUGGGAACGAGGCGUCGCGGCGACGCUGUUUGCGCCGCUCACGGAUCUGGGGCGCAAGGCGCCCAACUGUCUUGACUCGUUCAGAGACGAUUGGAACGAGGCGCACAUCGCGCCGACGAACCGCUCGCUCACCGUCGACGCACUCGCGGCAUGGCACGCGCAGAGCGCAGGAGCUGCCGUGCCGCAGCAAUGACGCAGCAAGCCGUGUGCCGUCGCUGCUCCUGCCGUCGAUCCAGCGCUCCUUCUCUCUCUCUCGCUCGCGCACAACCUCUCCUCACCUCACACACCUGGCCCCUCCCUCGCGCGCGGCUGUCUUCAAGCUCGGCCGGUCCGAGCAUGUCGACGCGCAUGUCGCUCCGCCUGUCCCUGUCUCGGCUCGAUCCUGUUCUU